CGUCGCAGCCCUAGAGCGCACUCCAUGAAUCCGUGGGCUCCUCCAGUCCCCUCUAGGCUGCCCGGGGGGAUUUCCGCAUCUCUAUUGUCGACCGAAGGCGCCCCCCCGUCAUGCCCCGCGGCCAGGCCAGCGCCGCCCCAGGCGGAGACCCGCGGCUUCCGGUCUCGCGCGCUUCGAGCCCGCAGCGCCCGCGGAGGAGGGUCGCCGUCGGGUCGGCGCGCGCCCCGGCUGGGUCCCGAACCCCGGAAGAGAGACUACGCUUUCCCCUCCCUUGGGAGGCGCCGACCGCGACUCCGGCUCUGGGGCAGAGAAGCGGCAUGGAAGCCGAGGACCUCCAGGAGGAGCUGACCUGCUCCAUCUGCCUGGACUAUUUCGAGGACCCGGUGUCCAUCGAGUGCGGCCACAACUUCUGCCGCGGCUGCCUGCACCGCAGCUGGGCGCCGGGCGGCCGCCCGUUCCCCUGCCCCGAGUGCCGGCAGCUGUCGUCGCCCGCGGCCCUGCGGCCCAACUGGGCCCUGGCCCGGCUCACGGAGAAGACGCGGCGCCGCCGCCAGGGCCCGGUGCCCCCCGGCGUCUGCGGCCGCCACUGGGAGCCGCUGCGGCUCUUCUGCGAGGACGACCAGCGGCCCGUGUGCCUGGUGUGCAGGGAGUCCCAGGAGCACCAGGGCCACUCCAUGGCGCCUAUCGACGAGGCCUUCGAGAGCUACCGGGAAAAACUCCUUAAGAUUCAAUGUAGUCUGAUGGCCAAGAUGAAGAAAGCCAUGGAUUUACAGGACGUGGAAGUGAAGAAUGCUGCAGAGUGGAAGGAGAAGCUGAAGAAUCAGCGGUUAAGAUUCAGCACAGAGUUUGCAAAGUUGCACCGCUUUCUGGCUGAAGAAGAGCAACUGUUUCUUCAGAGACUGAGCAAAGAAGAAGAAGAGGUGAAGAAGAAGGGGAAAGAGAACAUGUUACGGCUCAAUCAAAUGAUCGCUUCCCUGAGGAAGCUCAUCGCAGAGGUCGGGGAGAAGAGCCAGAGCUCCACCCUGGAAUUGCUUCAGAAUCCAAAAGAUGUGUUGACCAGGAGUGAGAACCAGGAUGUGAAUUAUUCCCUUGAAGUUCUAAACGUGAAGACUGUGUGCCGGAUACCAAUGAUGAAGGAAAUGCUGAAGCGAUUCCAAGUGGCUGUAAAUCCAGCUGAAGACACAGCUCAUCCCAAACUUAUCUUCUCCCAGGACGGAAGAUAUGUGAAAAAUGGAGCAUCAGCCAGUUCUUGGCCAUUAUUUUCGACAGCGUGGAGCUACUUUACUGGAUGGAGGAAUCCUCAGAAGCCCACACAGUUUGCAGAGAGAUUUCAGCAUUUACCCUGUGUUUUGGGAAAAAACGUUUUCGCUUCAGGGAAACAUUACUGGGAAGUUGAGAACCGAGAUAGCCUGGAGAUUGCUGUGGGGGUGUGUCGGGAGGACAUCAUGGGGAUUGUUGAUAGUUCAAAAGUGUCCCCCAAUCUGGGAAUCUGGGCUAUUUGUUGGAGUCCUGCUGGCUGUCGGCCACUAACAAGCUUCCCUGUAAGUCCUACCAAGCAAGAGCCAGCUCUUCAACGGGUGGGCGUUUUCCUAGAUUAUGGGGCUGGGGAGGUCUCCUUCUACAAUGCUGUGGAUGGAGUGCAUCUGCACACUUUUUCUUGUUCUUUUGCCUCAUGUCUCCGGCCGUUUUUUUGGUUGAGUCCAUUAGCAUCUUUAGUCAUUCCAUCAGUGACUGGUGGGAAAUGAGGCUGUUCUUUCUCUGCCCAAGAGUCUUCCUAUACCCCAGCCCAGGGACAUACAUCCCUUGGUCCUCUUCUUUCACUUCAUGCAUAUUGAUCCUGGAUAGUACAUCAAUACUAUCCAUUCAGAUGCCAAUUUCAUGAUUUGUUUACCUCCCUGGCUGUCGUAUGCACAGACCACGUUGGUUGCCUUUCCAGUAACCACUUGCCCCACCCACUUCUCUCCUUCUCUUCUGAUUCUUCCUAAUUCAGCUGUUUAGUAUGCGCCCUCCACGUGCUUCAGGAGAGGCAGUCCCAUGCAAGGGGUUUCUGGCUAACGAGAUAGGAGGAGAAGUUUCCCAAGGUGCUUCUGGGGAAAGUUCUUGUAGCUUUUAAAGAGAUGUUAGAAGUGUGUGAAGGGGAAGACGCAGCCCCUCUGAUGGUAGCUGCUCUAUUGGAAUUGAGGAAAGCACAGUAACAGUGGAAAGGAAGAAGAAACAUGGUCUUUGUUGCCAUUGUUCAGUUGCUGAAAUUUCACUAAUCCCAAAUUUCUUGUUAUAUGAGAUUAUUGCUCCCUUAUUGUAUAAGGUGAUUGUAGUUUCGUUUUCAUCACUUGCGCUCUGAAGCAUCCCAACGUGCUAUAGACUCAUAGCAUGGACAUCUCACCUUAGCGGCUUAUCUCACCUUUUCUGAAAUGUGACGAAUUUAUAGAAUCUCUUUCUAUUUAGUCACGUAAUUCCUUCUCUUUCCAGUAACUUCUGAUAUCCCUCACUUUUCUGGAUCAGAAGAUUGAGGAAAUCUUCCCUUACUCUGCCCGUGUCGUUACUCUUCUUCACCUGACCAGGUCUCUGCCCUCCUGUGUUACGCUAUCCGUUUGUCAGAUUCAUACAUUGUAUAUACAAGAUAAUUAACGUCACACUGAACACGCUGGGAGCACUUGUUAAGUUUUCACGCCUCUUCACAUAAUGCUCUCGUGUGACUCUUGGGAACAGCUAGAUGAGAUGGAAAUUAAAAUACUUUUUUGUCAAGUGAGAGAGCAUACCUUUGGAGUAACUCGCUCCAUAUUGCUCAGUUGGCAAAUGGGAGCGUUGGGACUAAAUCCAGAUCUCUCUGAGGUGAAAGCCUGCAUUCUUCUCCUGUACGUUCAUUUGUGGGAUCACUUUGUGGGAUUGAUCCCACCAGUUCGUGAAGAUCCCACCAUGAAGAUUGUGGAUCAGCUUCAUCUUUGUUUCAGGUUUUUAUUUUGAUCUGUUUUCAUCUUGUAUGCGUAUUUUCCUCACUUUCUUCUCUAGAUGGCAUGCACCCAGAGGAUUAUGGCAGUUACUGGGUAGUUAUUUUUAAAAUAAUGAUUGUUUCUCUCUGGUUAUAAAAGUCAUGUUGUACUUAUUGUAGAAAAUUUGGAACAUAAAAAAAGUGUAAAGAAAAUUAAAAUUAUCAGUAAUCCCACCUCUACAACAUUUUAGUGUAUUUCUUCCCAGACUUUCCAUAGACUUUGAAAGACUUUCUGGCAGUGAUUUAAUGAGGCCUCUCACAAAACUUCCAGCAGCCUCCCUAAGCCCUCCUCCCCCUCCUAUGUCCCAGCUUAUCCUGGCUUGUCUUCCUGUCCAGCCUGAAUAGGAAGAAUGAACCCCCUCAUUCAGUUAUUUCUGCUGAGUCCUCCUUAACUCUUCAAGAUACUUGCUAUUAUGAGUUGAAUUGUGCCCUUCAAAAAGAUACGUUGAAGUCCUGACUGUGAAUGUGACCUUAUUUGGAAAUUAAGAUGAGGUCAUUAGGGCAGGCCCUAAUCCAAUAUGACUGGUAUCCUUUAUAGUUAACGGCAAAUUUGUACAUGCACACACACACACGGAAAUGCCCUGUGAAGAUGCUGAGGGAAGAUGGCUAUGGGAGAGAUUGACUUUAUGCUGCUAUAAGCCAAGGAAUACCCGGGGCUUCUAGAAGCUGGAAAAGGCUAGAAGCUUCUGAGGGAUCAUGUCCCUGUCACCACCUUGAUUUUGGACCUCUAGCUUCUGAAACUGAGACAAUUUUCUGUUGUCCAUCACCCAGUUUGUGGUACUUUGUUAUGGCAGCCCCAGGAAACUUCUACAGUUGCCCAUCAGGCCUUUCUCCAUCCCUGCCUGGUUAAUCUCCAGUCCUUGGGGAAACUCAUCCAUCCCUUUCCUUGGCUCUUCCUUCUGGGCUGUGGAACCAGGUUGACAGGUUCUGCCACGAAGUAUCUCUCUUGACUUCAAGUGGGCUCUUUGAGCUGCUUGGUAAACAAACUUUAUUUUUUUAAUCCCUUGAUUUCUUUUUAUAUCUCUGGUGGCAGUGAUUCCAAAUCUUUUCCUCUUUUCUCAAGCCUCUGUGAGCCCCGUGUCAUACUGCUGUAGGGAAGGUGAAACUUGACCUCUACCCAUUUUAGGUUUUCAGCUGGGACUCGAACAAAAAGACAGAUUAACAAGAGAAAAAACCAUGAUUUAUUCACACAUGCAGCACAUCAUGCAGGAGAAACCUAAAAUGAAUUGUAACUCAAAGCGGUGGCUUAGAAUUCUGGCUAACAUAGUAUCUUCAACAACAGUAAAUUUGUGGAGAAAUGCUAAAGGAAAGAAAUGACAGUUUUAGGCUGCCAAGGGUGGCAGACUGUGGGAACAUAAACGUAUGUGAGGAAACUAAUGGAGAAAUGUUUGCAGAUUCCCCUGCUGCUGUCUCUGAGCUAAGAGUUUGUCUCCAGUAAAGGAGAAUGUAUAUCCUGCCUUGAGGCAGAAACCUGGGAGUUUUUUUCUGGGUUUGCUGCUUAACUGCCUUCACCUCAAAAUAGUUUUUAUGUUAAAGAGGCAUAUUUUGGGCUGACACAUUGUGGUUUCCAUCACUACUAAUUCUUGCAAAGAACUUAUUUUUUACUGAGAAAAAAAAUGUUCUACUCUACCCUUCUUAUUUACAAUUCUUUGUUUCUUUUUUGAGUCUUGCUGUUGGCCCCUCUUAUCUCAGGUAUGGGAUGGGGCCCAGGUGUCAUAUUUAUUACAAAUAAAACAAACUCUUCUGAUGCUUCUCAUGCCGAACAGCAUUAAGAAUAAACUUGUAGUAGUUUUCA